GCUGAUGUUUCGGGGGGGAACAGGAUCAUGUCGGGACACCGGACACCCGCGGCGAGAGAAAUGCUAAAGAUAAAUCUAAAGAACAAAGCAAAGAGAGAAAGCAAAGCAAUGUUUCUAAUGUUCCUUGAUCCAUGAAGUACACUAAAGGAGAGCGAUGGGAGAAAGAAACUACUCUUUGUUGGCUGUAACGUGGACUCAGGGACAGCCGUCACAGAACCCUCAGGACCCUCUCCUGGCAGGUUAUGACAUCACGAUGGACUACGACAUUCCCGUGGACCAGAUUCCGGACACGACUCAGGGGAAAGCCUUUUUCGUCUCUACCAUUAUCAUCGCCAUGGUUCUGGUCUGCAUCAUGCUAGUCUGUGGCAUCGGGAACUGCCUCUUUAUUGUCACGUUGGCGCGUAACAAAAAGCUGCGCAACAUCACCAACCUGCUCAUCGCGAACCUGGCGGUGUCGGACUUCCUGGUGGCAGUCGUGUGCUGCCCGUUCCUGGUGGAUUACUACGUGGUGAAGCAGCUCUCCUGGGACCAUGGGAUUUUCCUCUGCAUUUCAAUCAACUACCUGAGGACGGUGUCUCUCUACGUGUCCACCAAUGCCUUGCUGGCCAUCGCUGUGGACAGAUACAUGGCUAUCGUGCAUCCUUUGAAGCCAAGAAUGAAGUACCAGACCGCCUACUGGCUCAUAUUCGGUGUCUGGAUCUUCCCAAUCGUCAUCUCUGUGCCCUCGGCCUACUUCGCCACGGAGCACGAGUACCCUCAAGACACUGUCGCACGCAGCAGCAAGAUCUUCUGCGCACAGAUCUGGUCAGCAGACCAGCAGCUUCUCUACCGCUCUUACUUUGUGUUCGUUCUAGUCGUGGAGUUUGUGGGACCCGUGGCAGUCAUGGCAACGUGCUACGCUAGGAUCUCACGCGAACUCUGGUUCAAGAACUUUCCGGGGUUUCCAACCGAGCAGCUCGAGAGGCGUUUGCGCCGGAGGCGACGCACCGUCGUCGCACUGAUUGCUGUCCUUGUGGCUUACGUGCUUUGCUGGGCGCCGUAUUACGGCUUUGCCCUUCUGCGGGAUUUCUAUCCAUCGGUGAUCACGCGAGAGCGCAACUCUCUGGUCGCGUUCUACAUCAUCGAAUGCAUCGCCAUGAGCAACGGGGUCAUCAACACGCUGUGCUUCGUGAGUGUUAGGAACAACGCCACAAAGUGUCUCAAGAAGGCGAGAUGGCCCCAGUGGCACGUUGUACCCAGGAACGCCGCCACUGCCGGUGUGAAGUUAGUGGUCGAGGGGGAUGUGAGGACUUCUUCACUCAAAGCGACCGAGGAAGUGGAAUGUACACGAGUAAGAUGACCGUGAUACUGGUGCAACUUGGGAUGAAUCAGAAAUAAACUAUGG